AUGUGUAAAUAUUUCUUUUUCUAUUACAGGUGCCCCCGUCGGCACAUAGGUUGUACCGGGCAGCAGGAAAGUUCCUCAACACUAACAAAUUUUGCACAAGUUAAGCACUUUGAAGAAAAGCCCAAACAGGAUGUGACUGACGAAUCUUCAGGUGCGAAGCCUUCAGAUGUCAACAGUCGUGUUGAUCACUUACUAGAAGUCUGCACAAAAGCAAACCAUCAGCAUGUGAAUUCUGAACAGUUGGACUUCCCUGAGCCUGGACUGGAGCCUUCUGAAGGACUGGAGGAACCUCCCACUAUAGCUGCUAGUACUGAUAACAUCUCCAGUUCAACUACCUCUGAGAAUUCCUCAUUCUUGCAGCACAGUGCAAUAGAAAAAUCCAGUGAUGAUAUUCCUGUAUUAAGCUAUGAGCAGUCUAAAACUGACUGUGAUGCUGGAGGGAAAAGUGAGGCUGUCCCUCAAAGCAGGCCCCCCUCCUAUGUUAGCCUAUCUGAAGGACCUCCAGAGAAACCUAGUGAUGGCAGUAAAGGAAACCUACCUGAAACUGAGCUUUCUGAAAUUCCAAAGACAAUCUUGCCUGAAGCUGAAGAACAGAACCCAGAAUUAGAAAAGACUUCUAACACAUCAGAGGACAUGUUGAAUGAAGAGUUUUCAGAAGUAAGUGCUAUUCCACUAAGGCGGAUGAACUUAGAGCAUGG